AUGCGAGCUCAACCAUCUCUCACGCCCUAUGGCCUCCUCCGCCCUGCUGCACCUCCGAUCCGCUCCGCACACCCAGCAUCCGCAUCAACAGCUCUAAUAUGCUCCCAAUGCCUGCUGCGACACAGAUCCUCCAGCCUCCUCCCCUCCCCCAAACUCCCCUGCAACAGCCGCAGCUACCACCCCUCCCGGCGAAAAUACCAGUCAGCCCUGGGCUCCGCCGUCUCCGCCGCCCAAAACCUCUUCUCGAAGAAUAACCCACCGCCUCCUCCUCCUCCUCCUCCUCCUCCUCCUCCUCCUCCUCCUCCUCCUCCUCCUCCACCACCAUCAUUACAGCCGUCGCAAACGCCCAUAUCCAUCGACCCCCUCCGCAUCGUCGGAAAGGAACUAAAGUUUAUGAAAAAGAACAUCCAACAACUCCUCGGAUCCGGACACCCCUUGCUCGACCGCAUAGCGAAAUACUACACAAGAAGCGAAGGCAAACAUGUCCGCCCCUUACUCGUCCUGCUUAUGUCACAGGCAACAGCCAUAGCCCCCAAAUCGCCGCGACAGGUGCAAUCCGUAAGUGAAUCGGGGAUUAACGAGGCGAUUACUUCCCCCGCCAUCCUGGCCGAUACAAAUCCAGAUCACAGCGUUCUCACUUCCUCAACGACGGAGGCCUCAUACACGCUCCCCGUCGAAGAGGUUGAGAAAGGGCAGGUGCAGGGUGAUAGAAACAUCCUCCCCUCCCAACGCCGUCUGGCAGAGAUUACAGAGGUAAUCCACACAGCCUCCCUACUCCACGACGACGUGAUCGACAACGCUGUCACGCGCCGGUCCUCCGUCUCCGCGAACCUGGAAUUCGGCAACAAAAUGGCCGUGCUUGCCGGUGACUUCUUGCUCGGGCGUGCAUCUGUGGCAUUGGCCCGGUUGCGGGAUCCGGAGGUCAUCGAGCUGGUCGCGACGGUCAUUGCAAACCUGAUCGAGGGCGAGUUCAUGCAGCUGAGAAAUACGGAGCUGGAUGAGGAGAACCCGUUCUUCACUGAGGAGGCGAUCGCAUACUACCUGCAGAAAACGUACCUGAAGUCUGCUAGCCUGAUUAGUAAAUCGUGUCGGGCAGCGGCGUUGCUGGGUCACAGCUCGCCGGAGGUUGUGGAGGCGGCGUAUUCGUACGGGCGGAAUCUAGGGCUGGCGUUCCAGCUCGUGGAUGAUAUGUUGGAUUAUACGAUUUCGGGUGAGGAGCUGGGGAAGCCGGCUGGGGCGGAUUUGGAGCUGGGGCUUGCCACGGCGCCAUUGUUGUUUGCGUGGAGGGGGCAUCCGGAGUUGGGUGCACUGGUUGGCAGGAAGUUUAGACGAGAGGGCGAUGUGCAGUUGGCCCGCCAAAUCGUCGCCCAAUCCGACGGCCUCGAGCAGACCCGCGCUCUCGCGCAGGAAUACACCGAUAAAGCCAUCGAGUCCAUCAGCAUCCUCCCAGACAGCGAAGCGAAAGCUGGUCUAAUUGAGAUGUGCGCGAAACUCACGCAGAGGAGGAAGUGA